GAGGAUGCCCUCGGCCGGCGUGGAGAUCCUGGGCAUGAUCCUGGCGGUGGCCGGCUGGCUGGGGGUGAUGGUGGCCUGCUGCCUGCCCAUGUGGCGCGUGGUGGCCUACGUGGGCCAGAACAUCGUGAUGGCGCAGGUGAUCUGGGAGGGCCUGUGGAUGAGCUGCGUCGUCCAGAGCACCGGUCAGAUGCACUGCCGCAUCUACGAGUCCAUGCUGGGGCUCGCCGCCGACCUGCAAGCCUCCCGCGCCCUCACUGUCACCGCGCUCCUGCUGGGCGUGCUGGGCAUCGCGCUGGCCGUGGCCGGCGCCAAGUGCACCAACUGCGCCCGCGACCCGGCCAGCAAGCCGCGGCUGGCGCUGGCGUCUGGAUUGGCGUUCGUGGGCGCGGGGCUGCUGCUGCUGGUGGCCGUGUGCUGGACGGCCCACACCAUCGUGCUGGACUUCUACAACCCGCUGCUGGAGGAGACGCAGAAGAGGGAUUUAUUCUUCAUGGUGGCGUUUGGUCUGGAGGUCCUAGGGGUGACCCUAGCAGCCGUCGGUUGGAUCCUGUCCAUCGUCUCGUGCGCGCUGCCCAUGUGGCGUGUGACGGCCUUCAUCGGCGUGAACAUCGUGACGGCACAGACCAUCUGGGAGGGCAUCUGGAUGAACUGCGUGGUGCAGAGCACGGGCCAGAUGCAGUGCAAGAUGUACGACUCCAUGCUGGCUCUGCCUCAGGACCUGCAGGCCGCCCGCGCCCUCUGCGUGGUGUCCAUCGUCCUGGGCAUACUGGGCGUCCUGGUGUCCAUCGUGGGCGCCAAGUGCACCAACUGCAUUGAGGACGAGGCGGCGAAGGCGCGCGUGAUGAUCGCCGCCGGCGUGGCCUUCCUGUGCGCCGCCCUGUCCCAGCUAGUGCCCGUCUCCUGGACGGCGCACACCAUCAUCGCGGACUUCUACAACCCGCUGAUCAAUGAGCAGCAGAAGCGGGAGAUCGGCGCGGCGCUCUACCUGGGCUGGGCGGCCGCCGCCAUGCUGCUGGUGGGCGGGUCCAUCCUCUGCUGCUCCUGUCCCCCCAGCGCCCCCGAGAAGAAGUACCUGCCGCCCGGCCGCAUGAUGUACGCGCCCUCCAGGUCUGUGGCGCACAGCGUGGCGCACACGCACGAGAGGAGAGAUUACGUCUGACCGGGCCCACACACGGAGCGGGGGACGUCUGGACGAGGAUGAAAAAGAGGAGAGUUUAAAAAAAAAAAAAAAAGACAUUUGCGGCCUUCAAGGUGUGUUCUGCUUCCUAGAGGGAAGGGACUGUCUUCCGGGAAUUGAGGAAAUUGUGUAAAUAUUUUCUUGCCAAACAGACUUGUGCCAAUCACUGAUGAAAAGAGAGAAAAGAUUUGCACCCUUACUUAGACUUACUUGCUUUUUUUUUACUGAGAAGUAGCCAUACCCUUUUAAACGCUGGUGUGAAUUGAUUCUGUUUUCUAGAUAUUUAUUGUAACUAGCUAUGACUCCCUGUGAAAAGUCAUUACACUGUUUUCAAUGCACUGUGUUUUUAUGUAUGUGUGUGCGCAGUUAGUUGUGUAUUCCUUAACCUGGCACAUGAAUCUUUGCACUGUGUGCUACACUGGCUGAGAGAAAUGCAUUUGUACAGAAAUAAACCCGAUAGUCAAUUUCAAAA